CACGAGCCUAAGUGUCUCGACCGUCGCGGCACCCACAGAGCGUGUCUGCGUGCAACGUUUAGUCGUAUAACUUCAUCGUAUCUCUCGCCUUCUUGCUGGUUCUGUGAAAACAUGUCGGCAUUGUCAAUUGCUCGAAGACUGGUCCUCCGAAAUGCCCUACGGAGACCUGUCGUGGUGUCGAAUAGCCGGUUCAUGGGGACAACAAGCGAGGGGGAAGGAAUGCGUGCACAGCUUAUGUCUGAGCUAAAAGCAGCCAUGAAGGCUAAGGACUCUGUGAAGUCAACGCUUCUUCGCUCCGUAUUAUCGGAGGUGUAUGCAGCGGACAAGGCCCCCAAACACAAGGGUCCCGCCUCCUCUGCCGUCAUCGUAGGACUCAUGAGGCAGGGACUCAAACGAAGGUUGGAUUCCGCCGGCCAGUACGAAAAGGCGUCAAGGGCGGACUUGGCUGCCAAAGAAAAGCAGGAAGCAGAACUUCUUCAGGCACUGCUUCCACCACUGCUGUCGGAAGCCGACAUCGACAAGGCAAUCCAGGACACUUUGAACGAAUACCCAGAGUUGGUCUCGGAGCCGAAUGCGAAGAAGGCUAAGGGACUAUUGCUCGCGCGGUUGUAUACCAAGGUGGACAGCUCAAAUGUUGACGGGGCUUUUGCUAGUAGCAGGGCAGAAGCGCUAUUGACCUCGGCCAAGACAUCCACAUCCGCAUGAGCCGUGUCUCCGAAUGUGCACAUAUUUAUAUUCCUGAGUAUCGUACACGAUGCGUGCGUAGAAUGAAACCCUCCUCUGACACAAACACGAA